CUGAUGUCAAACAGCAAAAGAUUCAUUGCUAAGUACCACUCGAUUUCCGGCCUCGCCCAUACAGUGCUGCGAUGUCAUGAACAGCCGAUGGGUUUCGCAUGUGCGUUGUUCUCAAGCUCAGGAUCUGGGGUCCUGUUACAAGACCUAUAAAGCAUGGUGAACGCGAUUCGAAUCAGACUCUCGUAGACGUUAGUUCAUCACGAUGUUCAAGUUUGUCGCCUCCGCUCUUGCCCUCGCCGCCCUGGCUGGCUCCGCCCUCGCCGAGACGCACACCAUCACCUUCGACAACCGUUGUGGUUUCGGAACUCCUACUCUGAUCCAAAACGGACAAGUCCUCUCGACCGGCGGUGCUUAUACUACCAACGGUCCUAUCACCGCUGCUAUCGCUUAUCUUCAGACCGGAAACUGCGGCUUCAACGGGGAUAACUGUUUGCUCGUCGAAACGACGCUCGUCAACCCCACGUCUCCUGGCGCUGGCUCGUCGACCGACCUCAGCUUGAUCGCCCCUCAUGCGUUCAGCGUUACUUCAGGAUUCGGCUACUACAACGGCUGCGACGGCGCGGGGGCGAACUGCGACAACGCUAACUGCCCCACUGCCUUCCGCCAGCCCGACGACACCCAGGUCCAGGUUCAGUGCGAGAGCAACGACGUCAACCUCGCCAUCACCUUCUGCUAAAAGAAGGUGACACGUCUCAUUACUCAUUCAUGCCACGGGCUAUAUAGUUUUAAUGGUGGAGGGUCACACAUUUAAUGUUAUUUAGUAUCUUGCCUCUGGCCCGGCGAACAUAGCCGAACGUACCAUAAUGAUAUCCGAAGUUUCCGC